AUGGCCAGCAUCAAGUGUGGAAGCCGUCGCAAGGCCCGCCGCGCCCACUUUCAGGCGCCGAGCCAUGUGCGCCGCAUCCUCAUGAGCGCCCCGCUCUCGAAGGAGCUCCGCGCCAAGUACAACGUGCGUGCCAUGCCCGUCCACAAGGACGACGAGGUGCGUGUGAAGCGCGGCGCGUACAAGGGCCGCGAGGGCAAGAUCACGGCGUGCUACCGCCUCCGUUGGGUGAUUCACAUCGACAAGGUCAACCGGGAGAAGGCGAACGGGACCACCGUUCCCGUCGGCGUGCACCCCUCCAACGUGGAGAUCACGAAGCUGAAGCUGAACCACAACCGCAAGGCCAUCCUUGAGCGCAAGGACCGCAGCACCAAGAGCGACAAGGGCAAGGGCAAGGUGACCGCCGCCGAGAAGGCCAUGCAGCAGAU